AUGUCCUCUGAAUCGGCAGCUUCUCGCGCGAUGGAAACAAUAGACGUCGAAAAUGUUUCAUUCACUGACGAGAACCUCACAUGGACUAGCACCGGGGUAUCCAAGAGCACGCCUCGCCACGAGCUUGUGUUAGUUCGCGAGGUUAAAUCAAGCACAGUGUUGCCCUCGCAUUAUCUCAUCUUCUUACUCAAAGAGGACCAGGAUAAUAAAGAGAACCCAUAUUGUCUCUCAGUUCUGAAAGCGAAACAGAUCCCCUCAGAGCUUCGCAUCAUUACACUGGCAGAGCUCCCCCCUCAUCUGGAGCACGGUUAUGCCAACAUACAUGGCGUCACGAACCAAGUGGAUGUUAUUGUCUCAGUGAAAUCUGGAGUAGGACAAGCCUCGAGAGUCUGGCACGACGUACUGAAACCUCUUUGGGAAUCAUUCACUGAUGACCAUGAAAAACCCCAAUGUCAUCUCAUACAGACAGAGAGUGCAGAGACCGUUCGAGAUUAUGCUCGCCACUUGUGGGCUUCACAGGAGCGUGCAAAGACGAGAACGAUUGUUCUUCUCAGUGGAGACGGCGGCGUCGUAGACCUCCUUAACGGCUCUGACGGAGAUGAGACACUCCAGACUCCACCCACAAUUGCGCUACUUCCUCUUGGAACUGGAAAUGCCCUUUUCCAUUCAACCCACAAACCUUUGUACACCGAGCCAGGCCCAAGUCCACUUGUACUUGGACUUCAAACGCUGUUUCAGGGGGUAAGCGCCGAUCUUCCCGUAUUCCGAGCCUCAUUUUCAUCGGGAUCUCGAAUCGUCAAAUUUACGGACAAAGUCAAAGGGGAGUCUUCAGCCAAUGAUCCAAACCAGAUGAAGAAGGAGGAAACUUCCAUCACACAUCUCCAGGGGGCUAUCGUUGCAAGCUACGGGUUUCAUGCGAGCAUUGUGUAUGAAAGCGAUACUCCUGAGUACCGUGUCCAUGGUGACAAACGGUUUGGUAUGGUCGCUGCCGAGCUACUGAAAGAGUCUCACCCCUAUGCUGCAAAGUUAUCUAUCCGUCGCCGUGGUUCUGCCACCUUUGAGAAUAUCCCCCGUGAAGAACACGCCUACGUACUCACAGUUCUCGUCUCAAACCUCGAAAGGGCGUUCACUAUAUCACCAGCCGCUCGACCUUUGCAGUCGCAGCUUCGCCUCGUGCACUUUGGAUCCAUUGGAGGUGAUCGCACGAUGGAUGUCAUGAUGAAGGCGUACGACGGAGGCAAACAUAUUGGUAUGGAUUGGCCUGAUGGUGAACGUGUAGGUUAUGACGAAGUGGACGAGGUUACAAUUUCAGUCUUGGAGAGUGACGAGAGAUGGCGAAAGGUGUGUAUUGAUGGGACAAUUGUUGAAAUACCUGAAGGUGGAGACAUGGCCAUCAAGAUGCUGGGUUAUGGCCUUUUCAAGAUCCUGGCAAGUCAUCAAGUUUUGGAAGAUCGCGUUUAA